UCCAACAUAGGUCAUUCGUCCCGUAUGAAAUUAGAGGAAGGUUCAAAGUUACGGAACUUCAUCGUUUACGCGAAGAGUUGUUUUAGAAAUGCACAAAAAAAUCCCCCGUUUAAACAUUAGCCGCGUUUUGAACAUAAGCCGAGAUACUACUUUUAGAUGGAUCAAACGUUUCGGCGAAGAAAAUCUGAAACAUCGGUCUAGAACAGGCCAACCCCGUUAUAAGACACAAGAACAAGAUGAAUUGAUUAUAGAUAAUGUUACCAGGUAUCCUUUAACAAAUACUUUUAAACGGGAAAGGUCAACAGGGUCACAUGCUUCCUUCACUAUAAUACGAAGGAUGCUACACUCCACCGGUGUUUUCCACAGAAGUCCGGCCGCAAAACCGAUGUCUGUCCCAAAAGUUAUAAUUGACACCGAUGCUGGAUUAGAUGAUGCACUUGCAAUUUUUAUGGCUUUAGCUGCUCAUAAGAAAAAACAAAUUGAAGUCAUUGCUAUCACCACAGUUCAAGGAAAUACUAAAGUUGAGAAUGUUAACAACAAUGUUUUACGGAUACUGGAAACGGCAAAUUUAUUAGGAAAAAUUCCUGUGUUCCCUGGUGCCUCCAAGGCAUUAGUUCACCCGUGGAAACAUAUUGGUGAACCAUUCCAUGGUCUUGAUGGUUUUGGUGAUGCAGAACAUUCCAAGGAACCUCCACCGUUGUCAGUUUUGCAGGAAGAACAUGCAGCAUGGGCACUUACAAACCUGGCUAAAAAGUAUUUAGGUAAAGUGAUAUUAAUAGCACUUGGACCUCUUACCAACAUAGCACUUGCCAUAAGACUUGACAGCACAUUUUUAUCACACUUAGCAGAUAUUUAUGUGAUGGGUGGAAAUACUUCAGGUGAAGGAAAUAUCACUAUGUCGGGUGAAUUUAAUUUUACUUGUGAUCCAGAAGCAGCAAAAGUUGUCCUUGAAGAAGUCUCAAAGCCGAUCUACCUCACGCCAUGGGAGAUAUGCCUCUACCAAACUGGUUUACCUUAUGCAGUGCGACUAGAAAUGGGAAGUGUAAACACCCCAGAAGCAGAGCUAAUGAAUGUCAUUGAAGCUAGAGUUAAUUCUAGAAGAAAGUUUACAAAGUGGAUUACAUGCGACCAGUUGGCUAUGGCUUGGAUGCUUGACAAUGUAACAGAACCUGAAAAUAUGAAUGGAGAAACUGAAAGCAAGGACUGUGAUACUAAUAUCCUUGCCAUGUCCACCAAAACGUGUUAUGCGGCAGUUGAAACUACAGGUAAGAAUUGUUUAAAACCUUGAUCUUCCAGUAAC